UAAAAGCUGCUCACCUGCGCGAGCUGCACACGCACGAAAAAAAAAGGAAAGGCGAAUGACGUCACGAGCCCUACCUCUUCACACGCGACUUGCGCCGGCGCUCGCGCUCAGCCCGUGUUCGUUUAGCAUCUCUGCGCGCGUGCGAGCGGUGGACAAAGCUCGCGCGGAUUUAUAAGCGGCGUACCUCGGAAGCACGGUUUGAAUCUAAUCGGUGGCCGAGAUGUCUCGAGACCCGGACGACGUGAACAAGCUCACUGAAAGCACCUAUAAGAAUGUGAUGGAACAAUUCAACCCAGGACUGCGUAACCUUGUAAACCUGGGGAAGAACUACGAGAAAUCAGUAACCGCAAUGACGCUUGCUGGAAAGACGUAUUUCGAUGCAGUUUCAAAGAUUGGAGAGACUGCUGCUGUGUCACCCGUCUCCAGAGAGCUCGGGGUGGUCCUGAUGGAGAUUUCCGAAACGCACAAGAAGGUUCAGAUGGAGAUGGAGGAGUUUUUCAAAAGGUUCCAUAGAGAGCUCAUUGCUGAACUGGAGAAGAAAACGGAUAUGGAUGUCAAAUACAUGAAUGCCACAUUCAAAAGAUACCAGACAGAACACAAAAUCAGGCAAGAGACUCUGGACAAAUCACAUGCAGAUCUAAAGAAACUCCGCCGAAAAAGCCAGGCGAAGCAUUCCAGCAAGUAUGACAUCAAGGAAAAUGAGUACAUGGAGACGAUUUCUUCACGACAGACAGACAUGCAGCAGUUUAUAGCAGAUGGAUGCAGGGAGGCCUUGCUGGAGGAGAAGAGGAGGUUCUGCUUCUUGGUGGAAAAACACUGUAUCUUCUCCUAUCAAAUGGCAGAGUUUCAUGACAAAGCGAAGGAGAUCCUCUCUUUGAAACUGCUCAGCUGGCAAAGCAAAUGCAGUGAUGCCCUCCAGGUGCCAGACACUAUAAUAACCAUGAUCGAGGGCAUACGUACUCCCAUCUCCACACCAAAGUCUUUACCGGUUAAGGAGCAUUUUGACAGGAAUUCUGACUCCAUGAUUCCUCCACCAGCCCCACCACUGAAGGCCCAGACUAGUCCAUUGGCAAAUAUGUUCUCACAAGAGAUCCCCAGAAGCCCUGUGUCCCCAGAGCCUUACUCAGACCAAGAUAGUCUUGAUGGCAGCGGCAGGUCCAGAUCCGAAUCUGUUUCCAGUGGUAUGAAUUUGAUGAAAAAGCCACGAGUGCAGACCAUUUUCCCACACACAGCUGGUAACAAUGAGUCCUUACUCAGCUUUGACGAUGGAGAAAUCAUCACUUUACUGAUUCAGGAGGAGAAGGAUGGUUGGCUCUAUGGGGAACUGGAGAAAAAUGGACAGAGAGGCUGGUUUCCAUCGUCAUAUUGCCGUCCAUACAGUGAGCCCGUAAUCACCAGCCUCAUGAAUGUGGUAGAUCUCUCUAAGCGGUCUGAAGAGGAAGAGGAGGAGGAUGAAGAGCAGCCUGUGUUUCUACCUCCCCCUGACUAUGGUGACUCAUCCAGGAAGCCCUCCACCCCCUCACCACAGAACACGAUGUCAAACGGCACAUCAAAACCUCCAUUCCUCGGAGGUGGGAAUCCCUUUGCCACAGUCAGGCUGCGGCCCACAGUUACAAACGACAGAUCAGCGCCAGUCGUCUAACGCCGUUCAUCAUGAGCCUUGAUGCCGAUUUGGGCUUCAUUUUCCUUUAGUUAGUUUUCAUUUUGAAAUUGAAAGGGCUUGAUCAUGAAUGUUUUCGAUGUUAAAGUUUAAGCCCAAGUUGAAGUGUAACUGCAUGGAUUUUAAUUAAUGAUGAGUUGGUUUUACAGUUAUAUAGGUUCAACUCAAUUCCUUUGUACAACAACCAAAAGUGUUUUCUUAUGUUCAUUCAUGCUAACACAUUGUUUGACCAUAUUGGUCUUUGUAGCUGUUAAACCGUGACAGUUCUUAGUUUACCUGUCUAGCCUUAUUUGUUAGAAGCCACUGCUUGAUCAAGAUCAAGUUUGAAUAUGUAAACUGCAGAAAUCAGGAUUUAUGUAGAAUGCUAGAUGAAAUAUACAAUAUUCUGUAUGAUAGGCGGUAAAAUCUGUUCCUCUUAAAUUUGUGUUGUAUAAAAAAAAUAUAUCGUAGUAUGUUCUGUUUUCAUGCUGGAACGAGGUAACUAUAAAAGCACAUUUAUGUAACAUGGUGGUUUAUUUCUCCCAGUUUUAAAGAAAAUCUUUCCUGGUGGUGUCUGUGUGCCAGGAAAAUAACAGCAUAUCUCAGUAUACACUGUAAAAAUGGAUUCCGUCUUUGAUGCCUAGUUAUUUUAAUGUUUAUUCUUAUUCUUAAUGUAACAAAAUGUUGUUUAUUUAGGGACGUGUCUAAUCAUUGCCGUUAGAUUUAUUUUACUCCUGUUUUAAUAUAUGGGAUACCUUUUUUACUGUAUUGUAUCAUUGAUUAAUUGUGCUAUUUUCUGUCAAACAGCACUGAAAUAAAAGAUAUAGGUUUUCA